UCACACAGCGACUCAUUUUGUGGGAGGCUGGAAAAACAGAGGGACAGACACAUUUCCCACUCCCGUUUUGUCAUUUUAAAUGUCCUUGCUAUUUAAUGUUGCGUAUUACACAUCUCACACACACACACACACACACACACAUAGGCGCGCGGAUAGACACACUCUCCAAGCUGUAGGAGGAGGGAGAGAGAGUGAGAGAGUGAGAGAGUGAUUGGCAUGUGGAGAAAACACACUCGCACCUACAGACACCUGGAGAAGACGAGAAACACACACGCCGUCGCCUGACUUAUGGAAAGAGGGAAAGAGCUGACCGGGAGCGCGCGACAUCACACACACGCACACGCGAAUACCUAUACAUACACACACUUUCAUCGGCAUACAGAUGUGGCGCGAGCAGAGGGGACGCUCCAGCUGUUGGUGUGUGGUAGACUGAUUACUCAAGAGUGAGGUGGUGGGGUGCUCAUGGCUGCCAUAUGGGGCCUGGGCUGGCUGGGUGCAAGCCUCACCCUGUUGGCCCUCGCCCCGGUGUGCCAGAGCUGCCCGCCACGCUGUGAUUGUGUGGCUCAGCUCCGCUCAGUGUCCUGUCAGCGAAAGCGUUUGUCUGGUGUACCUGAGGGCAUCCCUACAGAGACCAGGCUGCUGGACCUCAGUCGGAACCGGCUACGUUGGGUGUCACCAGGAGACCUUGCACCAUAUCCACGGCUGGAAGAAGUGGACCUCAGUGAGAACCUCAUCUCCACGUUGGAGCCCAAUGCCUUUGCCAGUCUGCAGGCACUGCGAACGCUUCAUCUUCGUGGAAAUCAACUCAAGCUGGUGCCCAUGGGCGCCUUCGCUCGCUUGUCAAACCUCUCUACCCUGGACCUGAGCGAAAACAAAAUUGUCAUCCUGUUGGAUUAUACGUUUCAGGACUUGCACAGUCUCAAACACCUUGAGAUUGGUGACAAUGACUUGGUCUACAUCUCCCAUAAAGCUUUUUCGGGAUUGCUGGGCCUGGAAGACUUAACCAUAGAAAGAUGCAAUCUGACUUCAAUCUCUGGCCAGACUCUAUCCUACCUGCGUAAUCUGGUCACCCUCCGAUUAUGCCACCUCAGCAUCUCUAGCAUCGAGGACCAAAACUUCCGCAAAAUGUUUGCUUUGCGAGGGCUAGAGAUAGACAAUUGGCCAUACCUGGAAUACAUCUCCCCACUUAGUUUUCAAGGUUUAAAUUUGACCUGGCUUUCUAUUACUAACACCAAUAUUACUGCUGUCCCUUCUGCUUCCUUCCGCAACCUUGUGUACCUGACAUCCCUUAACCUCUCCUACAACCCCAUAUCUGUGCUGGAACCCUGGGCAUUCAAGGAUCUUAUAAGGCUGAAGGAGCUACACAUGGUCAGUACUAAUCUGCAAACUGUGGAGCAUCAUGCUUUGGCCGGUCUGAGGCAGAUUCGGGUUCUGAACCUCUCCAACAAUGAGCUGGUCACGCUGGAGGAGGGAUCUUUUCAUUCCGUCAACAGCCUUGAAACUUUACGAGUUGACGGGAAUCCACUUUCCUGCGACUGCCGGCUUCUCUGGAUUCUGCAACGGAGACGCACUCUAAAUUUUGACGGGAAAAUGCCAAUAUGCGCUGCUCCACCUGAGGUACAGGGUAAUAUUCUGAGCAGCUUUCCGGAUUCUGCAUUAUUUGACUAUUUCACUUGCCAGAAGCCGAAGAUUCGCAAUCGAAAACUUCAACAAGUGACAGUGCGUGAGGGUCAGUUGGUGUCCUUCCUGUGUCGUGCUGAUGGUGAACCAGCACCUGCCAUUAUCUGGAUCUCACCUCAGCGGCGUAAGAUCACCUCGAAAAGUAGCAGCAGGAUCACCGUCUUACCAGGUGGAACGUUGGAGAUCCGAUAUGCCCAGGUGACCGACAGUGGCACUUACAUCUGCAUCGCCAGCAACGCAGGUGGCAAUGACACCUACUUUGCUACACUGACUGUGAAAGGACAACCGGUGGACCCCGCUCUGUUCGCCAACCGUUCUCUGUACGCGGUGGACUUUAAUGACACUGGUCUAAACAGCACACGUGUCUUCCUUAAGUUCACACUUGACCUCACCACAAUCCUGGUGUCUACAGCCAUGGGCUGCAUCACCUUCCUGGGUGUAGUACUCUUCUGUUUCCUGCUGUUGUUCGUGUGGAGCCGCGGAAGGGGCCAGCGCAAGAACAACUUCACAGUAGAGUACUCAUUCAGGAAGACAGAGGGGCCCACUACCAGUUCGACCUCUGGAGGGACCCGCAAGUUCAAUAUGAAAAUGAUAUGAAACAACGCAGCCAGGGGCCCCCUGGGGGAGGCAUAAACACCCAACAUAAACACACAGCUCUGACUCGCAGUAAUAUCAGAAGACAUUUUAGGGACUAAUAUGAUUAAACUUAACUUGAUUUUAAUGCCUUUGAAAAAAGGUGUAAAUAUUUUAAUUAAUUCACUUGGAUUUGAUCUACUAAUAAGUUUCCUUUAUCUAAAACAUAUUUGCUUAGAUGGUUGGUUGCUAUUGAAACAUCAUAUUACUAUGGCUAAUGAUUUUGUCAUGCACCUUAGAGAUAUAUAACUACCAACCAAUGUUACAAAUAAAAAUCCAUUCAUGAAUUUAAUAUACAAUAUAUUGGUUUUAAGGAAUGACAUGCAAAUUGACAUACUAAUUUAGUGAAUACGAAAUGCAUGAAUAGCAAUUGUCAUCUUUUUAAAUUAAACAACAGUCACGAUAAGGUUGAAAAAUCAACUGGCCACUUAAACAGGUAAAGCCGUUGAAUCAUCGAAGCUUGGCUUUCUGUCAUGUCUGCGAUUAGGUGCUGUGUAAGUUGGGACAAGCACACUGGCCGCAACACUGUGAGUGCACUGCUGCUACUACCAUACUGGCAGCACUGUGCUAUAGUGGGUAUAAGCUAAUGUGAAUCCAGGACCUCAGGGUUUGGUUAGGAAGCCAAGCCUUGGGUACUGGCUGCACAAUUAGUGGAUGUAUCGUGCAUAAACCAGGCUGGUGUAGGGUCGAUACGGGAGAUUGUCUCGUAUCCUCCACACCGCCGGGCCUAUGCACGCACCGACGACCCAUAAGCCUUCAUGGGGGGAGGCUGCGGGCGUCAGGUCCGUUUGAUGUCAGACACUUGCUGUAUGUACAUGUCUACAAAUGUACACCUAAGCCAUUACCAAGCAACACCUGCACAAAACAGUUAUAGCUUUAUUUGUUUACAAUACAUAGUACUAUGCAAGGAAGGGGUAAGACAUACACAAGCUUUCUUGAGUUUACUUGUAUUCGCUUUUCAGGCAAUGGUACAAUAAUAACGAUAAAAAAGAGCUUCUUUUAUUUUUUUCUAUCGAGCUAUGGACCUUUGUUUUUGGGUAAAUGUCAUUAAUUAGUUAAUAUGUUAAUUGAGAAGAAUGCCAUGUUCAUGGCUAUUGCCCUAGCUUUACCAUGCACAUUUGUUUAAUUAUGCUAAUUACUGCUUGGUUCUUAUUUCGCUGGGACUGGCAGUAUUAGCAUCAAGUGCAAUAACAGGAAAAUCUGGCUUUCAUGCCAUUCGCUUUUGGGACUUUUUUCUUAGAUUAAUAAUGGAACAUAGGCACGACUUAUUUCACGGUUCUACUGAAGCAGUUCUUUUUCAAGUUGGCCCAAUUUAAAAUCACACAUCAGAUGCAGACAAGCAGUAAACAUGCUUGACAGCGUAGAGAAGUUUCAGAUCAUGUUGUUUCCCAUGAUAACAGUAGAAAAACACACAUAAGAAAGGGUGCUUGGUGAUGCUGUAAUCAUCAUCAUCAUCAUCAUCAUCACAAUCCCUCUCAUUUCUGACUCAUAUUAAUGGCGGCCAGUGUGCGAAAGUCUCUGCUUCUCCUGCCCAGUCUUCAUCCCCCCCAUUAAUCCCCGUCCCCGCACCCCGACUGGGUCUCAAUGAGAGAGGGGUCCCUGGCUGGUGACCAUGAAUGUAAAUGAAAAUCAUGACACCCAUCUAGCCUGUGUGUAUUUGACUGUAGAAGGUAUUUCUCCCUUUAUGUGUUUAGUUCAUAUGUGCUUUGUACACUAAUUUGUUUCAUUAUUAGUGAUUUUUGUUUUGUUUCUAAUUGCUGGUUGUUCUACAGAUGUUGAUGUUAACCAUGUGAAGGAUGGUCUUUUCUCAAUACUACACUGGAGGUGGAAUUUCGAUAUAAAGUCAAGCUCCGGGGUCCUGGGUUCAAUCUUGAGCUCAGGUUGCUGUCUGUUUGGAGUUUUUAUGUUCUCCUUGCCUCUUUGUGAGUUUCAUCCCGGUUCUCUGAUCUCCUUUCACCUCUGAAAAACAAGAACUGGAGGUGAAUUGGCUAUGCUAGAGAACUGUGCAAAAGUCUUCAGCCACCCCACAUUUCUUCCAUAUUUUUUUUUCUUCCAAAGAGACAGACUUGCUUGUAUUUUUUAUGCAGUUUUGAUUAAUAGUUCUCCAGGCUUCCUUUUUUUGUCUCUCAUUUUCAGUCUAGUCCCUAUACCUGAGCAGUUUUUAAAUAUAUUUUUUUGUUUGUUAACCCACACACAGUGACUCAUGAAUCAUUUACACAUAAAACGCAUCUAAUCUGAGCCAUGACCAGGAAGAAACAGGUGCAGAUGAUGACAGAUGAUUAGACGAUGGUGAAUUUUAAGUUGUUGGAACAGACAAGAGGGGAAAUGAGGUUGCUGCUGAGGUUGUUAUGUAAACAACAAAUUUUUUUUUUAUUUAAUCAACAUUAUUUCCUUUCAUUUUAGGUAAAAAAAAAAGGGGUGGCUCAAGACUUUUGCAAAGUACUGUACAUUGCCCGUGUGUGAAUGAGCUAUAGACCCAAUAUAGACCCAUCGAAUUCCAAUAGAUGAAGCCCAGUACUUCACUAAUACCCCUAUCUUACCUAUUCGGUUUGACUCACGGUGAGAUGUGGAGUUAGGCACCGUGAGUCGCCGCGAUUGCCUGCCGACGUUCCGCUGGCGUUCCACAAAGUUCUGUAAGAACCGCAAGCUUCCGCGAGGACGGGCAAAAAAAUUAAACAUGUUUUAUUUUUUCGUGUUAAAAAAAAUUAAACGUUUAAUUUUUUCGCGCGGAAAGAUUGGUGAAUCAUGAUAAACCGUACAUAUGGGUUCGCGCGAAACCGCGUAGGUGAGAUAGUGGUAUAAAAACAGCAAUUCUUUUCUUGUGACUUUGAACAUGAUGUUACCAAUGUGGUGUUGAGAACAGAUUAACAAACCAAAGAGCCAUGAGUAGGAUGCUUCUCCUAGGUUAUUCUAACUUAUCACUCUUUCACUGCCCUGCUCUUCUUCCUUAUUUCGCUCAUCUGAAUUUUAGCUCAAUGUUCUCAGACCUCAUCGACAUCAUCAGCAGUGCAGUAGGAUGGAGUGUGUUCGUCAUCAGUACAGUCGAUGUUGUCCUUGUGGCCUGUGAUUCGAUGUUGUUCAUUCAGUCGUUCGUGCGAUCGGAUUCGUUUCCUAGUUUAUUAGCUUUUUGUUAGCGUUAGCUCCUAGCCGUGCAGUCAGUCACUGUGUAUAGGUGUGGUGUGGUGGUAGACGGUGAGAAAGGAGGCUCAGCCGGGGGUUUGUAUCUACAUACCCUCCCGGCUUCUCGUGACCCCUUAUGACCCCUCGACUCAGUUUUCCUGAAAUAACGGAACCAGCGCGACUUGCGUAGCAGCUGGAACACACAUGAUGAAUACACUGAUUUACCGGUUACACUUCCGAAUACAGAAAGGGAGUGUGAAAAAACACAGACAGAUCAGGAGUGAAUCGAAUCUGUUAAAUCAUACAGUAAAUGUAACAGAAUUGAGGAUAUCAGUAAGUAAUAAGAAACCUUACCAUGUAUAAUCACAUUUAUUUAAUCUCUAAUGUCACGUGGUUAGGUAUUACUUUGUUCAGUAACUACAAACUUAACUAUAAAGCACUUAAAAUGUAGGACAGGAGAAAAGCAUGACGUUUCUGAUGGAACAUCUUCUGGGGAGUGUUUGACAGUUUUCAGAUCUCAUCAAAUACAUUCAGCGGAGCUGCUCUACUUUUGGCACUUCCUCUGUUCUGCCCCCCCGCACCCUCUGCUGAAUGUAUCAGCUGUAUGAUAGACAGACAGAUAUACUCAUUUUUCUCUCUGUCUCUUUUUCUCUUUGUCUCUGAGGACUGAAGCUCUGACACCUGCCUCCCAGACACACACGUUGCAGCAAUAGCAUUUUAAAAAAAACGGAUGAAGGAGUUUGAGAUAUUUCAUCACAGUUACAAAGAAGUUGCUUAAUAAAAGACUCAUACUGUAUAAUUAGUAAAACUGUACUCUUUUAAGUAUAACAUUUCGAUAUUAUUCUCUUUUAAAAAGUAUUUGAAUAACGCUGCAUACCAACUUUGUGCACAGAAUUGAGACUUUAAUUAUAUAUCAUAAUAAUUAUAAUAAUAAUAUAAUUAUAUGGAUGUUUACAUAAUAUACAGAUUCUAACAUUAUGUUAUGGAUUUGCAGUAGAUACCAGACAUUUCGUAAUGCGCAUAUAUACAUUUACACAACAGAAUUACACGCAGAAUGAGAUUUCUUUUUACGCUAAGCUUCAGAAAGUAGGUCUAAUGCUCCUUCGCCCCCUCAUCAGCCUGCACUUCUCUGAACUUUUCUUCCCGCAUCGCAUACACAAGCAACCCCAGGCCCUUUUUUUAUUCAUAUACCCAAAUGCAUCAUCACAAAAACAUGUCAGCCUUAAAUGUUCAAUAUAUCUUAAAUUGAAAUGAUUCACUGAAAUUAACCUAUUUUUAACAUGACUGCUGUUUUUUGAACUAAUUUAAAAAAUGAUGAGUAGGCUAUCUAAUCUAUUCGAAUUCUUUUUUUCCACCGGUGUGUCUGGGUAGCGGAUGUCAGUUCAGUUUUUAAAGAGACUUAUUGUACUUUAACAAAUCAAGUAUCUAAGCAUAAUAUUUAGGAUUUUUUUUUUCUGUUGUUGUCAUUGUCCUUGUUGUUGAGCUCGACAAGUAUGAUCAGCUCGUGUAAGGUUGCGUCCCAAAUCAUAUACAAAGAUACGAACUAAAUCAAGGACUAUGUCAGAAUACUAGUUUUGGCUUUGCCUACUAUUUUGACUAGUUUCUUACUUUAUAAUGCAUUCUGCAGCAGAGAGGUUGUAGCCAAAGUUACAGACCCUACCCUGCUAAGAUGUUAAAAAUGCGACUUUGCUGCCAUCUACAGGCGAAUAAAUGUAAAAGCAUGAUUUAUUUAUUUAUUUAUUUUUAUUUUUUUUGCAUAUGUGAAUUUACAAAAAGCUUAUUACCUGCCAUAUGCUCUAGACUAUUUUACAAAGAGCAAAUUGUGACUGUUAGCUUAAAAAAUGAAAUUAAUAAAGAAUAUAAUAAUAAUAAUAAUAUUAAUCACACUGAUAUUUGUAUUUAGUUGAAGGUUUGAACUCAUUCGGUUUAAAUUUUGUGUAACAAAAGAUACAAAUUUAGGAACUCUCUUUUUCUUUUAAAUAAACCAGUUGUAAUAUCUAUUCAUAACUGUGUUGGACCGACUGGAAUUAGAGUAGGCCAUACAAAGAAUAUUUAAAGUGCCAUGGUUUUGGUGACCCACUUCUUGUUAACGAUUUGUAUUUAUGACCAAUAAAUCUUGUCAGAAGAUUAGGAAUUAUACUGUCAAAAAAUGUUCUCUCUUGUGAACUAGAGGAUCUGUGUGAUCUAUGCAUGCCUCUCCUUAAAAACUUACCAAACACAUUUGUUCUUGUGUUAAUCUCUUCUCAUGUCUUUAAAGCAUAACGCGGGGUUGGAUGAAGAAAAAAAAAGAAAGAAAGAAAAACAUGAUUGAGGAUAUUAAUCCUUAUGAAUAAGAGCCAUAUAUGUGUGUGCACGGUUUCCUGCUGGUGUGAUGUGCUUUAAUUAAAAAAGUACUGACUUCUGAUUUUCAGAACUGUUAUUUGUAUCUGUCUUUUAUCUUCCAGGGAUCAACACGUUUGCUGUUUUGUUUUUUUUGCUUUAUGCAUUUUAACUCCAACACACAAAUCCACUGGAGACUGGGGUUGUGUUUCAUAUGUCAUUGCAUAUAAUAUCUUAAUAUCUUGAUUUCUGGUCUCUGAUAUUUUUCACACUGAUAAAAAAAAAAAGCCACACACAGUGUCACAGAGGGUAUGUAGAUUUUUUUUUUUUUUUAUUGAAAGAUGUCAUACGCCAUUGAUAUACAGUAUAUGUCUAAUACAUAUGGAGAGACUUACUUAUGUGUUAUUUAUUUAUAUGUUGUGUGUGUGUGUGUGU